AUGUGCAAAUACGAAGGGGGUGACUCAAAAGGCUUAAUAGUUCCACGGACCAUCAAAUUUGCUGAACUGGUGGACCGUGUGCAUCAGAUUGGUAAUACAAACAUCAGGGAAGACAAGAUUUGCUUAAAAUUCUCAGUUUUUGUGGCCUCGAAUGAGUGGAAGCACAUAAAGAUUGAGGACGAUGAUGAUGUCAAUUUUUUUAUGAAGUACAAUUCCGAGGCAACAGCUGUGAAUUGUCCCCAGUACUACUUCAACAUGUCCGAUGUAAGCCCUCCUAACGAGCAAGUCAGUUACCCGGGGGACCAGCCCUGGCAUGUGCCAUUCCCAUCUCCACCUCGGACUCCCAAUCAUGAUCCCACUUCAUCUGGAAGUGAGGCUGAGACUCAUGAUCCGCUUGACAAAAUCUCUGCCGUCAAGCACCACCUCCAAUAUAUGUCAAAGGCAACGGAUUGGUGGGAGAGUAAGUGCGAUAUUCAUGGCCAAGUUAUGGGAAACUUGGCCAACAAGUUGAACAAAGCAUACGCUGGAGAGGUGAAGCAAGCUCUUAAAGCAAAAAGUCGGAGCAAAGAGUUAGAGUCCUUGAAGUUGAAAUUGGAAGACAAAAAGAAAAAUGCCCUCGAAACAUUCACACAAUCUGAAGAAUAUAACCAUGAAAUGGUUGAAUGUUUCAACAACGGCUUCGAAAUGUUCUGA